AUGAAAAUUUUUAAUACUACAAUCCAGCAAUAUUCCCUACACAACAUCUAGUUUUUAAAUAAAAUAUUGCAAAUGACCAUAUCCAAAUCACUCUAACUUAUAUUCUUUAUAAUUAAUAUUCAUCUGCUCUAGAAAUAUCAAAAUCAUUCAUAAUAAAAAAAAUAAUUAAUACAAUAAUAGUGCUCUUCUCUCUUGUAAUAUAUAAAUAGUAUUUUUUAAAAACAGGCAAAUGAUAAAGAAAUAGAAUGCGAACACUUUUAAGGUCUUGAGAUUAUGAACAGUAGAUCCUAAAAAAUAAAUAUAAAUAAACAUUAAAAAAUAUAAAUAAAAACUUAAAUAAAAAAAUUAAAUAAAUAAAAUUAAAUAAAUAAAUAAAUAAAAAUAAUAAAUAAGAUAAAAUAAAUAAAUAAAUAUAAUAAUAAAAAUAAAGUUCAUAAAUAAAAAAAUAAAUAAUAAGUGCAAAAUAAAAUUAAAUAACAAUAAUAAAUUAAAUAUUAAAUUCAAGAAUGCAUUUUUUUUACACUAUUCAUGAAAAUAAACAAACAUACAUGUUUAACUGUUUCUUAUGAUUAAUUCUUAUAGCUAAAUAUUUUGAAAAAUUUUAAUUUUAACUUUUUUCUAAGAAUAUAUUUUUAUUUAAAAAUAUCGGAUAUUUUACUCCAGUGUGGAUCAACACAUUUAUGA